AUGCUUGCCGCAGUUUCGUGGUGUUGGACUGCUUCGGCAGGCCCCAGGAGAAGAAAACCGGUGGCGGCAGCAGGAGGGCCUGCCGCUGGGAAGAACCCUUCCUCCGCCGCCGCCCUGCUCCUUGCAUGUAUCGCUUUGUUAUCGACCCGGUCGGAGGCGUGGACGGGUGGGUUUUCGCCCGGCUUGGGCCACGCGCCGUGCGUCCGCCUGUUUCACGCUUCGGGGGACGUCGGCUGUCGGACUCGGGGGCGGGAGGGGGUAGCGGGGCCCCUGUUUCUGGUCGACAGCGAGAGAGCGCUGCAAGACAUUGAGGCGCGGGGUCUCUCGAGUUUCCGCAAGGACGCCCAACGGGAAGAAGAGGGUCUCCUUCCACAAGAGGGGUCGGCAGAGGCGAUGGAGGGGAUGGGGGACGGGCUGAUGGCGGUGCUACCGGAUGCGUUUUUCAACCGGACUAUCCUGCACCGGCUGUCCGCAACGGGCUUGCUGGGCGGGGUGCUGGUGCUGGAAUCGGCCGGUGGUGGUCGUGCGGCGGCGUCCCCAGCGCAUUCUUUGGCGCAAGGAAACGUGGUGCGCAGCAAUCCAGACGUGAAGACCCCUCAGUUGACCUGCUCGGCUUUCAAGGAGUUGUCGUGCAAGGCUGGGAGGCUUUCAUUUUUCGAGCGGACGGAGGAGGGUGAUUCUACCCCCUCGGCGGCCUUCGACGUGGACGCCUCAUACCCGUGGAACUCCGGAGGGGACGGGCUGUUGAUGGAGUCGUUCGAUUUCCCGAUGGUGCUGGUGGCGGGGGGCAGCUCCGACGACGUUCGAGCUCGUGCCGUGUCGAACGGCAACGUGGGGGGGCCUAGCUGGCGUUACCCCUUGCACAAGGCGCGGAUGGCGUUUUACUUUGGCGGGUCAGCGAUGGACCUUAACAGCCAGGAGUGUUUGGGGUGGACGGACAUCAACGGCGACAGAUCCCCACAGUGCAAGCCGCUGGGAGGGCAGAGCUCGUGGGCGUCGGUCGGGGGUGCGGGGCUGGGGGGUCGGCAGACGGUACUGGCUGUGUCGGGCAUGGACUCGACCUCAAUGUUCCACGAUCGGGCCCCUGGGGCUAAUUCUGCAGUGUCCGGCCUGGUGGCACUACUCUCUGCCGCAGAGAGCCUCGGGACAGCCGGAAGAUCCGGAAGUGUAGAUUUCUCGGCUCUGCCGAGGCAGAUAGUCUUCGUGGCAUUCCAGGGCGAAGCGUACGGCUUCACGGGAUCCCGCCGCUUCGUUCAGGACUGGCGCGGGGAAGGCAUUUCGUGUCUCAACAGGGUCGAUCCGACAGUGUCCCCCACCGGACAAGAGGCGUGCCUGGAUCCCCUGUACCCCAGCCUGGAGUUCCAGAAGCUCGGCAAGCCUGCCCAUGUCGUUUCGGUCGACCAGGUUGGGUGCUUGCCCGAAUCGACGCUGUGGGUCCACCCCUCUCCCGGAGCGUCGUCGGUAGACACAGGGGUCGUGUCGGAGCUGUCCCCCGGGGGAGGCAUUGUUUUGACAAACUCGACCAGGACAGAGCUUCCCCCCUCGCCCCUUACGGCCUUUGUCAAGGCGGACCCAGAGCAGUCUGGUUUCGUCCUGUGCGGGUACGACGAGACUUUCUCCUGCCCUCACUACCAUGACCACGCGGACGCCAGAGAUACGGUUGACGCCGGCUCUGUCGCUGCCGCGGCCAAGGUCCUCGCUAAGGCCACACUCGUCUUGGCUGGGGGCACCGAAUCGAGCGCAGAGGCCCUGCAAGUGAACGGCACCCUCGUUGAAACCCUGCUGGAUUGCCUGCUAGAGGACUGGAGCUGUGAUACCGUGAAGGAGUACGUCGUUGGAGAGCUGGCAAACAAUGCGGAACGGCUCGGGUUUCGAGUGUCCGUGGAGGCGCCGUUUCCUCCCACGCUGUACACGGGGCCCCUGGAGUUCCACUACGGGGGAGGGAUGGCGACGGUUAGACACACCAAGGGGGACGGCAGCUGGAGGCUUCACCCGUCGUGGACUGAGCCUUUCGACCCUGAGCAUGACAAGAUCCAGCUGGUCCCGAACCUCCUGGAAACGUUUUGCAGGGCUUUCCUGUCGGAACAGGCGGGAGCCGCCCACGCGGGCCGCUACGGGGAGGCCGAGUGCCAGGUCAGCGGCGACUGUCCCCUCGAGCAGUGUCAAGAAUCGCCCUCAACAAGCGCCGACAACAACCACGAUGACGAUGCCAACAAGAGUCGUGACGGCUUAGAAGGAGGUCGUGUUCGGCCGGGAAAGGGUUCUGAGGAACGUUCUGGGAACGUUCUCCGUUCCGCGUCGUCGUCGUCGUCGUCGUCGUCGUCGGUGACGACGUCAUCAUCGUCCGCUGUGCAGCGCCCGGAGUGCGUGAGGGGGCGAUGCGGCUGCCCUGCUGGCUUCCACCACAUCGCCCUUGACGUGGGGCUUGAGAGGGAGGAAGAAUUGGAUCAGUAUCGGGUUGUGGACGGCGCCGUGGGGCAAGGUGCACCGCUGUGGACAGAGCCCAACUGGCGAGGCAUCGGCGCUGAGGUUUACCUGGACCCAGGCGUUACGGCGGGAAAGGUUGCGCUUGGUGUUGGGGCGGCGGUAACGGUGGCUGCCGGUGUCGGUUCGUGGGUGCUGCUCCGAUCCCUCGACAAGAGGAAGCUUUUGUGACCUGAACGCCGUUCACAUUAUCACGGGCUCCCAUCCGGCAGGAACACGUGUUGAGGGUGCUCGAUUUACUCGACCAUAAUGGCUACUCCCAGAGGAGUUAUGGCUUUUUGCUGCUCGAGGACUCGUAGCAACGCGAGUUGACCGUCUGAUAGUCGUAUAUCCCGGACUCUCAGCUGGGGAAGAGACCAGUUCGUCGACAGCUUUGUAAGAAAAAUAGAAAACAUGGAAACGUCGUCAUCCAAAGCGGCUGUUUCAGGCUCUCAUUGUGAACACGAAGUGUUUUAAGCUUGUGUGCUUGUGCAUUAGGCGGGCAAACUAGAUCUGUGGCGGCGUUCGGAGUUCCACUCCUACGUUGCAGGAAGUAUGGCUCGGGAUAGAAACUCUCCCGCAGUGAACAUAAGGAACCUGCUUUGUGCGGCGGAACCUGCUGAUGUUGGUAUACUUCAGCGCUAUAUGAAACCGUGGGGCCGUUGCGUCAGAGUAUGAACGGCAACACGUUUUCCUUUGGUGAGCCCAGAUGGAAACUCCAGAGUAGCGAAGGCGAGAGUGGGCGGUAGGCGAGACUGCUACUAGCGACGAUAGUUCGUUUGGUGAAAUCGACGGUUGGGGCGAGCUGCGUUGGUUGGUAGGCGGCACGUGUCUCUAGAGGUGCGGAUUCGGAUGUCAAGAAGUUCCCUUUUUUGUUCCAGAAAACGAACUCAUCUGCAUAUCGAAUAGAAAGUAUUGUAUGGGUUCAGGUUGGUUGAGGAACAUCCGAUGCGGUCGUUCAGACUCGUCCGGCGCGGCAAGAGUGCACAGAUAUUUUCCGUUUCAUCCUCAUUUGUGCCGUAUAGAAGUACU